AUGGAUUUCGGUGGGGGGCUUUUGGAUGAACGUUUGGACGAAAAUGGGUACCACAUCAUGAAAUGCUUCGCUGCGAACGGAAGAACAUUUGCUAACGACCUGGACGAGGCUCAUAAGAUGGGAACGUGGAAGGGGCAUUUCGAUGAAAUUACGACCUAUCAGGGCAAAUCAAAACUCCUGCAUCGCAUCGCCAACGGGAACGAGAAUCAGUGA